AUUUCAUUCCUCUGGCUCAACGUCGACUCAAUUUUGAUCCGUUUCGGUCAAGAGAAGGACAUUUCCCUCGCCGCUAAGUCCUACCUCCUCUACCUUCUCCCCGAUUUGGUCGUCACUUCGUUCCUCUGUCCAUUAAAAUCGUAUCUCAGUUCGAAAACUGAAACACUCCCGAUCAUGAUAAGCUCGUCCAUGGCUCUGGCUCUUCACGUACCCAUCAACAUUUUUCUGGCCAAAUCCAAGGGGUUAAUUGGGGUUUCAAUGGCGAUCUGGGUAACCGAUUUCGUCGCAAUGAUUUCGCUCGCGGUGUACGUUUUGGUGAAAGAGACGAAUCGCGAAGGUGGAUGGUUCGAUCAAACAGUUGGAGAUUGGAUUCGAUUGGCUAAACUGUCAGGACCGUGCUGCUUAACCACCUGCCUCGAAUGGUGGUGCUACGAGAUUCUGAUCCUUCUCACGGGCCGUCUUCCCAACGCCAAACAAGCUGUGGGGACCAUAGCCAUCGUUUUAAACUUCGACUAUUUGCUUUUUGCCGUUAUGCUCUCGCUAGCCACAUGCACGUCCGCCCGCGUCUCAAACGAGCUGGGCGCCAAUCGUGCAACGCAAGCGCGUAGGUCGGCCGGGGUGUCGGUGGUGGCGAGUGUGGGGUUUGGGUUGGUGGGGGCGGCGACGAUGGUGGCGGCGAGAGGGGAAUGGGGGAAGAUUUUCAGUAAGGAUGAAGGGACUCUGAGAAUGGUGAAGAAGAUGCUGGUUUUGAUGGCAGCGAUUGAGGUAGUGAACUAU